AUGUCAUCCACCCCUCUUUCCGUUGUGCUUGAGGCACGCCCCAAGAUGCUCCCCUUUGAUGAGCUUAUGGUGGACAUCCCCUCCGAAGAUCACAUCAAAUAUGUACUUCUGGACAUCGUGACAUAUUUAGACAGCUUGCUGGAUCUUUUAGUACUGGUACUAUCCCCGGAUCAUGAGCUAGCUUGGUAUUUGGAGGGGAGAGAUGCCAUCCUUGAUAUCGUUCGAACCUGUGACAAUAUCGACACCUUGAUGAGCCAGUUACUCAACACUCUCGAAUCGGUAGUGGAGACUUCUGUGCUGGAAUUUCUUCUUACCGAGUUUGAUGAGGUCAGCGACCUCAUCCUCGAGGUAAAGAAAGUAGUAUUGUACUACAAGCGAAAUUUGGAUACUGCCAUGGCCUUUGCUGAUAAUGAAUCAACAAUUACAGGAAUCACACGAGAGAUUGAGGAUUUGAUUAAAAUUGUCGUCAAGAUUCGCGAGCGUACCAUCUCAGAUCACCCGCCAUAUUUUGGUUCCGAUUUCACUGAAGUGUGCUCAAAUCUCAAAAUCAAUGACUCUCCGACAAGCAACAAACUAAGAACAUUACCAACAGUCAACCCCCAACAUACAGAAGCUUACCAAGAUUACGUUAUGGCCGAGUCACGGAUUAACGCAGUUAUAAUAUCGCUCGAUAUUUUGCCGGCAAAGUUGGACGAGCUUAACAAUAUGUGCCAGGGUGAGCACGAGAUGAUGAGAAACGAACACGUGGACAAUUACGAAAUCCUUUUCCAACGAUGGGAAUUUUUACAGACAGAAAUGCAACGAAUCAAAGCCGAUUUUGUGGAUACCCAUUGGCGCCAAGCAUAUACUCAAUUAGUUGAGGCGACAAAGCCGCAAGUUGUGCUGGCAAGUUGGCGACUGGAUGAAUGCACCAGCCAUUGGAAAAUCAUAAGCAACGCAAUGGCCAUCAUCCGAUCGGGCGUUUCGGAGUCAUGGAUCCCCGCCGAUCCUGAGCUUGAGCAUGAAUUUGAGAAGCUACAAGCAGCAAUGGAUCGUGAUACCACCAGUCCCUCGACCAGUCGCCGAAUUAGCUCGGGUACUAAUUCUGCAACCCCUGGCGGGUUGCGCCAAUUCCACACUGCCCGAGCCGUACUGGCACUGUUCGACAUUCUGGCAGGAGGCAACCUAAUCGAGUUGAAAUUGGGUAAGCGGCGCUCAUUAGGUGACCGACAGCGACUGGGUGAGAAACGAAUCAGCUCAGAACCAAGUCCAUUCAUUCAACGUUUAUCGCAAAGUCAAUCGACUCCCCGAAACAGUCAAGGCAGCAAUGACGCUAGUGGCUCACUGUCGCGGAACCUGGGAAACAGUUCGUUCAGUGUUGAGAAUGCUCAUAGAAGAACUUCUCGAGACAGCCUAGAUUCAACUGUUGGAGUGAAAGAUAGACAUUCCUCAUUUGAACACCAUAACAACAGUGAUUACGAUAUGUCAUACGAAGCAAUCGAUGAGUCAUUUGAAGCUCAGCAGGAUCCAAAGAAUACAGCGAGUGUUGAACAGAAGACAUCGGCGUUGAAAACCACUGGUGACAACAUUCUUUCAACAAUUGGAGAUGAAGAUUGCCAGGAAGUUAUCAAACCGAUCAGUGACGAACCGAUUACCGAGGAAGUACACAAUGAUCUUACUAGAUUGUGUGACACGAUGGAAAGAACUCAGAUUACACCCAAAAGGGAGUUGGAUUCAACUCAUGAACCGAUCAUAGAUAAAUCAGUUGGUGCUGGUAUUGCGUCCCGCGAUUCACUUACAACUGAUGAGGAGGACACUCUCCUGGAAAAAGUGUCCGUUCCCAACUCUCUGGUGGAACUGUCUCGUGUUCCAUCACUGCAUAGCACUAAGCCGGAAACUCGCCCAGUGAAUGUGGAAGAACUUUUCGUUAAGCUUAUGGUACCACAUCGUCCCCUGGGUUUGCCGUACAUGGUUUUGGAUUAUUUUGAACGAGGUUUGACAGUGGUGAAGAAGCAGAGCGAUCGGGGGUCCAUGCUCCCCACACUUCUCAAACCACGGAAAAUCACUAUGCCUCCGCGAGCUUAUUACGCUCCUCAAUCGAGUUACAAUAAAGGCAUGAUAGUCUAA